UUUGUAACUUAAACGAAACUGCCCUGAUAUGCACCUUAAAAAUAGCUAUCUGUGAAUUUGUAUGCAGCCUAUAAUGACUUGCUUUGAAAUGGAGAUACAAUAUUAUUACAAGAUAUUUCACUUAAUCAACUGUUACUUUACAUUUAAAAAAUAUUACACUUUGAUUUGUAUAUUUUCAUCUAAAUGAUAUUUUUAGUAUCCAAAAUUUGGUUAUGUAGUAUUUCACCCUGCUUUGGUCUUGGUCUUGUCCUGGGCUCGACACGAUCUGUUCUGGACUACAAGACUAGUUAAUUGAUUUAAAAUAAUAAAUAAAUUGCAAAAUAAUUUGUAGGUCAAACAAUGAAUCCUAUAAGAAAAAAUCUGGCUGAAAAAUGUAAAAGUAAAUGAAGAAAAAUCUCCAAAAUACUUCCAUCAGUUCAGAUAUCUAAAGCAUCUUUGUUUGCUCACUCCACGCUCCACAUUAUUAUAUUACCAAACACUCUCAUGUCUUUAUAUAUCUAUAGAUACAUUACAUAUUUUCCAUAGGUCGACUUCUCUGGAGUAUGAAAGAGCGUUUGAAUAAAAUCCAACAGGUCCGAAUAAAACAGCAUGUGAUGAUGAAGACUUUCACUGCCAUCCCUAAAGAAGGCAGAAUUCAUCAACCCCUGAACCAUUUUGACAGGAAAAAUACCAAAACCUUUCCUCAGAGAUUUAUGGUGAAUGAGGGUUAUUGGCAGCGCUCAGAUGGACCGGUCUUUCUCUACAUUGGAGGAGAGGGCCCUCUCUCUAAAUAUAGUCUUAUAUACGGUCAUCAUGUGGAGAUGGCAGAGAGACAUGAAGCACUGCUGGUGGCUCUGGAACAUCGCUUUUAUGGAAAGAGCAUCAACCCCGAUGGUCUAGAAACCGAUCAGCUCAGAUAUCUCUCCAGCCAGCAAGCUCUGGCAGACCUGGCGGCAUUUCAUCAUUAUAUCAGCCAGCGUUUUGGCCUCUCUUAUAAAAACACCUGGAUCAGUUUUGGGGGUUCCUAUGCUGGAGCUCUCUCGGCCUGGCUAAGAGGGAAGUUUCCUCAUCUCAUCUAUGGAGCGGUGGCAUCUUCUGCCCCUGUUUAUGCUCUACUUGACUUCAGCUCAUAUAACAGGGUGGUUGGUCGUAGUCUUACAAACGAGGCAGUGGGCGGCUCUGAAAAGUGUUUAACAGAAGUGCGAGAGGCGUUUUCUGCAGUGGAGGCCGCUCUGCUGAUGGGAAAUGAAAUUGAGGUUGGCAGAGACUUCAGAUGCUGUGAGUCCCCUGUUAAACCUGAGGACAAGAUUGAACUGGUACAGAGUUUAGCCGGUGUCUUCAUGGGAACUGUUCAAUACAACGAGGAGGGGCUGGAAUUUAACAUUGUGGAGCUCUGUGACAUCAUGACCAAUAAGAGUGAAGCUUAUAAACAGGAGGAGCCAUAUGACCGUCUGAUCAAACUAAUGGCGAUGUAUCAGGCCAAAGUGAACGCCCCCUGUCUGGAUGUCUCUCAUGAGAAGCUUGUACUUGAACUCAAUAACACUAAAGUUAGAUCCAGCUAUAGACCGUGGGUUUACCAGACCUGCACCGAGUUUGGCUUCUAUCAGACGUGCGAAGAUGAUAGCUGCCCAUUCUCACACAUGAUAAACCUUCAGAUUGAAACUAAGCUCUGCUCUCAGCUCUUUGACAUCCCUCAAUACAGUCUGCCUGUUUACAUUGACUUCACUAACCAGUACUACGGAGGGAAGCGACCACAAACCCGACGCGUGCUCUAUGUUAAUGGCAAUAUUGACCCAUGGAUGGAGCUAAGUGUGACCUGGAAUGACAGAAUGGUGGACAAUGAUAGCGUCGUUCUUAUUAACGGCACUGCACACUGUGCCGACAUGAACCAAGAUAAAGCUCUGGAUAAACCUGCACUGCACCAGGCCAGAAAGGAGAUUGAGAGGCAAGUGGCCAAGUGGCUUAAAAUGCAUCAUGGCACUAUAUGAUUUAAUCAGCGUGCCUGUUUGACAAUCACAGGACCUGAAUUUAUGCUUCUCUUUUGUCUUUUCCCUGUCGUCUUGUCACCACAUUUCCAGCACUUCUGAUGACAGGGUUAGUGGAUGUUUAUUAAAAGUUCUGUUUAAAAUAAUGCACACACUGACAUGAGAUAAAGACUCUGGUUUUAGUAAAAGUGGGCACCUUGUGCUGGCUGCAUGUUCACUUAACCAUCAAAAUAUAAAUGAUUUUGCCCUUUGUUUUUAAGACCCUUUUGUUUUUGAAAUAAAUGAAUCAUGACCGACAGUAUAUGGUAUACUGACAACGACAUAAAUGGCUACAAAAUGUUGCUUUUGCAUUAUGCCACAUUUUUAUCAAAUCUUCAUCACAUCUUCUUCAUUUCAGUAUAACAGCCAAGCACAGUGUUAUCUCUCCAAAAAUUAAAAUAAAUAAAAAUUACAUGGCUGACCUUUAAUCAAGGCCCAUGUAUAGAAAAUAAUAUUUAACCCCUUGGGAGUCAGCUGACAUUAGCUUAACUUAAAACUUUCUUCUUAUACAUUACAUUAAUAGUCCACUCACUAGUACGGUUUAAUCUUAGACGUUGUACUUUGGUACUUUUGUUGUUCUCUGAAUUUUCUGUGUUUUCUCUUGUUUUAUUUUCCAAAGCUGCUUUGGAACCAUUAUACAUUUGUGAAAAGCGCUAUAAGUAAAAUUGAAUAUUGUAGGAAUAUUGUAACUUUUCCUGCUUUUCUAGAGGAAUGUAGCAUGUAAUAUAGACGGUUUCAACAGUAACAACAUAAACAAGCAGAUGUCGCGGUCCGCAUGUAACUUCCGGUAAACUCCGCUAAUAAUAAAUAACCACAAAGUACUAUAAAUGUAGUUUAUUUAUAUAACAAGCAAAAAAAAACAACACAAAGAUUACCUAGGAAACCAAAACAUUUGAUAUUUUCGAUGAGGCAUUUGUUCAAGAGAUCAGUUUAGCAACUAGUCGGACCAUAAAAAAAUCGAAACCGGAAGUAAAGUUCGGAUCCAGACGUGUAUCACGUGCGUCCGAUGAAACCGUCUAUAUGAAGAGUUUGGUUCCAAAACGCAAUAAAUCCUUUUGACAAAUUUCGGUAAAAACGUGUUUUCUAUACCAAGAAAGUGACAAGAUGAAAACCACUAUUUUCUGUUACAAACUUUCACAUAGCACAUUUUUCACAGCGAUCAGCUGUGAUUCUCAUUGACCUUGAGUAAAAUUAUGGAAAGUUUUUCAUAAGAUCCCCUGGGGUCAAUGUGUUAGCAUGAGAAAAGCUAGAUGCUGUCGGGAGAACAAGCGAUUAUCUCCCGAGUGCCUCUCGCGUAAAUUAUUAGAUGUUGAUGGCUUACGUUUCUUUCCUGUCACAGAAAACCACAGGUUUAUCAAUGCUAUUAAAGUAUAGUUUUUGUUUUGGUUUGUUUGUUGAUCAUGAAGUACAAAGUAGAUGAGGAAAACUAAGAUUCUGUGUACUCAACGCGCCACCAUUGUUUGUUUACAUUGCGUGGAAUGGUGCGCAGAAAAGGAGGAGUGGCGUUUAUUGCGUUUUGGGAAUAAAGGGAGAAAAGAUGACAGAAUAACACCGCGGAUAUUGGAUUUUGCGUAAAAUUAAGAAUUUACUUUUAAAUACUGACCUGAUAUAAUACUGAUUUUGGCAGUAACUCAUUUUUUUCAAAAAUGGUGUUUAUUGCGUUUUGGAACCAAACUCUUCAUAUAUAUACUAUGCAAAGCAAGCAAAUGUGAUCACUGCAGAAGUCUUAUAAAGACAUAAACAAUAAUUGGCUAAAGAUGUUGAGGCUUGUUGUCGGAGAAUAAAUUUAAUUUAAUGAUGCACCGAUAUAUCUGCCUAUAAUCUGUAGAUAAAAGCUAUUUUUCCCACUAUCGGACUUCAAUUAAUAGGUUAAAAAUCAGGGUUGAUUAUAUCCUGGCUGUGUGCUUAGUUUGAGUUGGGUGACAAUGUCAACAGAAUUGCAGUUUGUAUUUCAAACUUUUGCAGAUUUAGAAUUUCAAAACAUAAUACUUUGAAACAAGGAGAAAAAAGUAAAACUAUCACUAUCUGAAUUGUUAGAUGCCAUUCUGAGUAAUUAAAUAUAUCAAUAUCAGCACAGUGCUGUUGGUUCAUGGCUAAUUUUAUAUUUCGUAAAAGUUUAUUGGCCAUUUUAAACAUAAAUGCAUUUGUUUAAGGGUUAUGUUUAAAACAAACAAACCCAAAUUGCCAGUGAAGAUCUUAUUAAGAUAAAUAAAAACGUUCUCUGAGUAUUGUGUAUAAAAGUAGUAAUCUUAAAUUACAUAAUUAUACCACAAAUUUACAUUUAGAAAACAAGGUAAUUAUACACAUUUACACAAAGAAAUAGUGGCAAAUCCAUGUACUUAAUGUGGGUUAUAGGGUUAGAUUCAGGACUGGCACCUGUUUACAAUGAUAUAUACGCGUAAAACUGGACUGUAAAAUAAAGUGCUACCUAAUUAUUUUAAGUCACUUUUAUGUGACGAAAUUUGUCAAAUAAAGCAGAACAAAUUUAUUUGUUUUUUAACUAUGAAAACUGGUCAUCACAUGCAACCUUUUCUCAUGGAAAAAUAUGAGAACAAUAAUACUGUAACAAACUAAUGUUUGUGAAUAAUUUCCACUAUUUUACACUAUUAUUAGGAAAUAGUUUGUAGUAUAUAUACUGCACACAGCAGUCACUAAACAACAGGCUUGUAUUCUGCACAUGUGUGUCUUUUUGAAGUGUAGGUUUGAAAAGAUUUAUAGCAAUGAAUUUGUAGUAAACAUCAUGCUUUAGAUAUGGUCUAAAGUAAAAAGUCUAAAGGGUUUUUCUGUUUUUUCCAGGACGCUCAAUGUUCUUUCUUUCAUUGUAAAAAAUAAAGGUUUAAUAA